GGGACCUGUACGUGGAUUACCGAUCACGAUCAGUUUCUGAAAUGGAGAGACUCGCCUAAAGACAAUAUUUUAUGGCUUUCUGGCUCUCCUGGUUCUGGAAAAACAAUUGCCAUGCGAUAUUUGAUCGAAACCCUUCGUCGGUGGCUUCAACAACGCGACCACGUUACUGGAGAAUUCUCAGUAGUCAUGUUCUGCUUUUGCAACUCUAAUGACUGGCUUCGAAACGGCCGAACCCAGAUCCUCGUGUCCUUGCUUUCCCAAAUCCUUUCACAAGACCGUCGCAGCUUCCGCUACCUUGACCACUCAGAGCUUGAAAAAUAUAUUUCAAGUGUCAAGGACAGUCCUCAGUCUUCGGGUGAAGAACAUGCUGACUUCUUGUGGAAAUGCUUGUCCACAAUCCUCAAGCGAAGUAAGAACCUAAGUUUCUGGGUCUUCAUCGAUGCGCUGGAUGAACUUUCCCCAAACUCUCGAAUCGAACUACUUCACCACUUCACGGGCUUGGUUGGGGAG